AUGUUCUCUGCCAUGCCGAUGGACGCCAACCGUGAUGAACGCCCCGGGAUCCGCAUCGCCUACAGGACGGACGGUCACCUUCCGAAUCAACGGCGGAUGCACUUCCAAUCACGCGUCUCCACAACUACCGUUCACGAACUUCUCUUCGCCGACGACUGCGCCCUGAACACCACCUCGGCAGAGGAGAUGCAACGCAGCAUGGACCUCUUCUCUGCCGCCUGCGAGAACUUCGGUCUGGUCAUUACCACGCAGAAGACGGUGGUGAUGCAUCAACCGCCACCCAACUCAGCCACAGCCCCCAACGCGCCGCCGCAAAUCAGCGUGAACGGAACCCAACUGCAAGUGGUGGAGAACUUCCCGUAUCUGGGCAGCGCCCUCGCCCCUAACGCCAAAAUCGAUGACGAAGUCGCUCGCAGGAUCUCGAAAGCCAGUAAAGCCUUCGGCCGCCUCUAA